AUGAUGUGGCUGUUUUUAACAACAAGCUACUUGAUUUGUGGAACUUUAAAUGCUGGUGGAUUCUUUAAUUUGGAAAAAGAAGCAAAUCCUGAAGUGUGGAUGAAUAUCAGUGAAAUCAUCACCUAUAACGGCUACCCCAGUGAGGAGUACGAAGUCACCACUCAAGACGGGUACAUACUCAGCGUCAACAGAAUCCCCCGCGGGCGAAGAGACUCUGGGAGCACAGGUGCCCGGCCCGUUGUGUACAUGCAGCAUGCCCUGUUCGCAGACAGUGCUACCUGGCUGGAAAAUUAUGCCAAUGGCAGCCUUGGAUUCCUUCUAGCAGAUGCAGGUUAUGAUGUCUGGAUGGGAAACAGUCGGGGGAACACUUGGUCCAGGAGACACACAACACUCUCAGUGACCGAAGAGGAAUUCUGGGCCUUUAGCUUUGAUGAAAUGGCCAAAUAUGAUCUCCCAGGAAUAAUAGACUUCAUUGUAAAUAAAACUGGUCAGGAGAAGUUGUAUUUCAUUGGACAUUCACUUGGCACUACAAUAGGGUUUGUAGCCUUUGCCACGAUGCCUGAACUGGCACAAAGAAUCAAAAUGAAUUUUGCCCUGGGUCCUGUGUACUCAUUCAGAUAUCCCACAGGCAUUUUCACCAGUGCUUUCCUACUUCCAAAUUCCGCAAUCAAGAGGUUUUUUGGUACCAAAGGUAUCCUUUUAGAAGAUAAUACAGGGAAGUCACCUUCUAUCAAAAUCUGCAACAAUAAAAUAUUAUGGGUGAUAUGUAGUGAAAUUAUGUCCUUAUGGGCUGGAUUCAACAAGAAAAAUAUGAAUAUGAGCCGAAUGGAUGUGUAUUUGUCCCAUGCUCCCACAGGAUCAUCAGUACAGAACAUCCUGCACAUAAAACAGCUUUACCGAUCUGAUGAAUUCAGAGCUUAUGACUGGGGAAGUGAAGCUGAGAACAUGCAUCACUACAAUCAGAGUCGUCCGCCACUGUAUCACCUGACUGCCAUGAAAGUGCCUACUGCUAUUUGGGCUGGUGGAAACGAUGUCCUUGUAACACCCAAGGAUGUGGCUUGGAUACUGCCCCAAAUCAGGAAUCUCCGUUACUUCGACCUGUUGCCGGAUUGGAACCACUUUGAUUUCAUCUGGGGCCUCGAUGCUGCUCAACGGGUGUACAGUAAAAUCAUAGAUCUGCUGAAGUUGUAUCCCUGA